GACUAGUCGUAAAAAUUCAACUCAUUGUAUAGAUAUACCCCGGAUGGCUUCCAGUCAUGAUGAAGACACUCCAGAUAUUGGUACUUGUAAUAUUAGGUGCUGCGUGCUGCCUGUCAGAUAAGCUGCGAUUCGACAAUCAUCGAGUGUAUUCCAUCGGAAUAGAAAAUGAAGAACAGUUGGGCGCUCUACAGGACUUGGAAACUACACCGAAUGAGUUUACAUUUCUAGAUGUUCCUUUAGUGAUCAACUCAAAGAUCCAGGUGGUGGUUCCGCCUGCAAAACAGCGAAAGUUUGAACAGCUUGUCCUACUAUUCAACUUGAAUCCUGUUUUGAUAUCUUCAGAUCUACAAAGUGCCAUAGACAACGAACGGCCGAAUCGUGCUAGACGUGCUGCUUUUGGAUGGGAAGACUACUACACGCUGGAGGAGAUCUACGCCUGGCUUGACGAAAUUGCUCUGCAGUACAAAGACGUUCUGAGCAUUGAAACCAUCUGUCACUCGUAUGAAAAACGUGAUCUUAAGGUCAUUAAGUUGUCCUAUAAGGAAGGUAAUCCAGGAAUUUUCAUCGAUGCUAACAUUCAUGCUCGGGAAUGGAUCACGUCUGCUACGGUCACCUGGAUAUUGAACGAACUGCUAACUUCGGACAAUCCAGCAAUUCGGGAGUUGGCAGAGAACUAUGAUUGGUACAUUGUACCGGUUGCGAAUCCAGAUGGGUUUGCCUACACGCAUACUACGAACCGCCUUUGGAGAAAAACUCGUUUUCCGUAUACGGUGCUUUGUCAGGGAGCCGACCCCAAUCGGAAUUUUGACUUUCAAUGGAGUAACGGAGGAACCUCUACCAAUCCUUGCUCGGACGUGUACGCCGGAGAGCAUCCGGAAUCGGAGAUCGAAGUGAAAACGAUAUCGAACUUCGUGCGGUCGAUUGCUGACAAACUCAAUCUCUACCUGUCGGUGCACUCUCGGGGACAGUACAUUCUGGUACCGUUCGGAUACAAUGCAGCUCCCUAUCCACCGAACUAUAGGGAUUUGAUGCAAAUUGGCCAACGGGCUGCCGUUGAUAUGUACAAAGUACACAAAACUCCGUAUCGGGUGGGAACGACGGCCGAUGUUCUGUACGUGGCGUCGGGUAUUUCGGUUGACUGGGCCUACGGUGCAGCGCAGAUUCCCCUGGCCUAUACCUUCGAGCUGCGUGAUCAGGUGCAGUACGGCUUCAUCCUGCCAGCCGAUCAGAUUGUACCGAAUGCGGAGGAGGUUCUGGCUGCGUUCGCUGGAAUGAUUGAUGAGGCUGGAGUUUUGGGAUACUUUUGAGUUGUUUUCGGAAUGGUUGGGUUUGCUUUGAAUGCAUUUUGUU